UAUGUCAGGCGCAAACAUGUCUGCUGAUAGUGCAAGUGACUUUGAUUUUUUCGACUACUUCGAUAUGUUCACUCGAAAUUAUUCUAUGUCAGCUGAUUCAGACUUUGAAUUGUUCGACUAUCCAGAAAAUAAUGAUCCUGCACCAAGAAUCACAAAUGCCCCGAAGAACAUGAAAGUGGCGGAGAAUCUUAUUGUGAGUUUCUUCUGCAAGGCAUCGGGUCACCCUGCCCCGGACCUAACUUGGGAGAAGGACGGGAAACCCAUAAACCCAAUCAACCGUAAACGAUACGACAUCUGGUCUAUGCCCCAUGGCACCGUCCUACGAGUGGCAUCUGCUAAGUCAAAGAGGGAUGAUACCGUGCUCACGUGUGUGGCAACCAAUGAGAAGGGAGAGGCGCGAGCCAACGCAACCCUGGAAGUCUAUGCUGCAGACAAGUCGUCUAACGAGUGGAAAUUAGAGUACAAAGGUAUACCCCAGGGCUACCCGCGUAUCGACAUCAACCCACAGCUGUCUAACGUGGAGAAGGGUCUGUCCGCGACCAUGGAGUGCCAGGCGUCUGCUGCCGACAUGGAGCGCCCGACCAUCUACUGGCUCAAGGACCAUCUGCCCAUCGACAUAUCGGACACUCGUAUCACCAUCAAUACUGAAAAUGACGGAAAUUUAAUCAUUGAACAAGCCCAGGAAAGAGACAUCGGAAAGUACGAAUGUGUAGCAGAAAAUGAGAUAGGAGUUGCCUACUCAUCAGCUGCCAUGCUUUAUGUAAAAGUUCGGCGUGUCCCCCCUCACUUCUCCGUCCCCCCGCCGGAUGAGUUGGAGGUGGAGCCAAACGGCAGCGUGUCCAUCGACUGCGUUGCUGUAGGGUCCCCUAUGCCCCUGGUGAAGUGGCGGAAGGGCUACCUCGACCUUCGACCCAACGAGGAGCCCACCAGGGGCCGUUACGUGCUCAACGUCUCAAACAUCCUAGAGUCAACAAACUACACAUGUGUUGCACAGUCCGACCUUGGAAAUAUUGAGAAAGAAGUGCACAUUAAAGUGAAAGCGUUGCCAAACCCGCCUUCAAAACUGAGCGCAUCAGAAAUUACACCUGCGUCUUUGAAGCUUUCUUGGAGGCCAGGCAAUGCUGAUGACAUUGCGUAUGUCAUCCAGUAUAAGGCAAAACAGGAUACAGGACCGUUUCGUGAAAUUCAAGGCAUUAAUAAUACGGAAUAUAAAAUUGAAAAGAUGCAGGCUUAUCAGCUAUACGAGUUUCGUGUGAUCGCUGUGACAAAGACAAGCCGCAGUCUUCCGAGUCACACGAUGGAAAUUGUGACGGGCGAGUUAGCCCCUGGUUCAGCCCCCAGGAAUGUGCAAGCCCGUCCACACAGCACGCAGACCAUUGUGAUUGAUUGGCAGGAGCCUGAGAUACCCAAUGGUAUCAUUCAGGGAUACAAGGUGUUUUACACGACCAAUCCAGACCUGCCAAUAGUGCUGUGGAGCAGUCAGGACAUCACAGGGGACACCAAGAUGACCACCAUCAGUGGUCUGACCCCAGACAGGACCUACACUAUCUGUGUUCUUGCCUACUCCAGUAUGGGGCAGGGGCCACUGUCCAUACCUGUACAGGUCAUGACGCGCCAGGGAGCCCCAGAUGCCAGCAUUAAUAUGCUGAAUAAUAAGUUUGCGGUCCCGCUGCAACCACGCAACCUCCAGGCGAAGGCGAUCUCGCCAAAUGAGAUUGAGAUAACAUGGAGUGCACCGGAGGACGUGGCCAAGAUCAUCAGCUACACGCUGUACUACAACGAUUCUGAAAAGCACACUAUUGGUCACCACACUAUCUACCCGCCAACCACACGAUACAAGCUCUCUGAGCUCAUACCCGAUACUGUGUACAACAUUCAGCUGGCAGCACGUAGCGCCCAGGGGGAGGGGGCGCGUACAAUACUCGUCCAGGAGAAGACACCAGAGUUCACGCCCACAGCGCCCCCGCAGUCUGUUAGCGGCCGGCCACUGAGUCAUAACUCAAUACUUGUCGAGUGGAGCCCUCCGCCAGCAAAUCAACAGAACGGAAACAUUGCCGGCUAUAAAGUUCUCUAUGUCAUUAAUGAGGAUGGUAAAACUGAGGUGGAAGCAGACGUUAUGAGGGUGGGGGUCGUCACAAGGGCGCAGUUGGAAAACCUUGAGACGUGGGCAGACUAUAAGAUCUGGGUAGUUGCUUUCACUGCUGCCGGUGAUAGCCCCAUGUCCCCGCCUAUCAUAGUGAAAACACACGAGUCAGUCCCAAACGACCCUAAAAGGGUGACGGUGCAAGAAGUUAACUCCACCACGAUUUACGUUGAGUGGCGACCGCCCAAAGCCAAAGACCGCAAUGGAAUCCUACGUGGUUACUACGUGUACUAUGCCAUCGUCGACGAGAAUGGUGAUCCCAUUAGGGGACAGGAGAAAUUCGUUGACACAAAUGACGGCAACAAGAACGAGAUGGUGAUCACAGGGCUCCAGCCUGCGACCCGCUACCAGGUGUCAGUGGCUGCUUACACGCGAAAGGGGGAUGGUGUGCGCAGCAAGCCAAAGCUUGUCAGCACGAAGGGGGCAGUGCCCUCGGAGCCUCGCAACCUUGUGGCUGAUUUAGUUCAGCAGGAACCCCUGGUCGCCCAGGUAUCCUGGCAGACACCGGAUGAACCCAACGGGAAAAUAGAGUCGUACAAGCUGUACUGGGGCCUCAAGGGGGAAAUCUACACACAGGUCAUCCUGAAGGCUCAUCAGCAGUCAUUCUUCACACCGCCAAUUGAUCAAGGGGAGACAUAUGAAUUCCGCGUACUGGCAAAGAACGAGGUUGACUUUGGGGAAAGGGCUGUAGUGGAACUAGUGACACCAGAUGGAGUCCCUCAAGGUGCCCCCCAGAAUUUCUCUGCUGUAGGCCUCUCUGAAACAGCUGUACGCCUUGCCUGGGACCUGCCCGCUAAAAAACUGCGCAAUGGUCUUAUAACCAUGUACCAGGUUAACUUUUACCGUCUCGUUGACUCGAUCAACGUUGAGGAAUUAAAUAUCACUGCUACUCAGACUCAAAAAGAUAUUGAUAAUUUGUUGACCAACACGGACUACGUGUUCCAAAUCAAGGCGUACACUGAGAAAGGGGCCGGACCUUGGAGUCCAAGGCUUCAGUAUCGAACAUUCGGAAAACAGCCUCCAGAGCCAGAGAACGUCAAAGUAUCGCGAACAUCCCCAACAACAGUCCAGGUCACAUGGGACGAGCCAAACAACAACAACGUGAUAGAGAUGUAUCGUAUCUACUACACAAAUUUUGAGACAGAAGACAUGAGCAUGUGGCUGUACAUGGACACAGACGGUCCGACGUCAGUCUAUCAGCUGACCGGUCUCAAUGCACACAACUCGUACGCCGUACGCCUGAAGUCCAAGUCAGUGCUCCAGCGCUGGAGUAAUCUGACGGACACUAAGACUGCAAAUGUGCAUAAUAGUCAAGAUUUCAACAACGCUGUUCAGAACUUCCAGGCAUCUGCUCGAGGGUCACGACAGCUAACACUGUCAUGGGAAAAACCACCGAAAAAGACCGAGGUCGUUAGCUACAAAGUUGACCUGAUGGGGGACAAGCAGUACAUCGAGAAUGGUGAGACUCGUUCAGAGGUCCAUCCCAGCACCACGGUAACAGUCCCUGGCAACCAGGACAGCAUCCUCAUAGAGGCUCUGAAGCCCAAGAUGCGCUACAAGUUCUCCAUUACGCCCUACUUCCAAGAUGGCUCCCAGGGGCACGUGCAGACAAUGAUGGAGCAGACACGAAUUGAAGCUCCGGAGAACGUGGCCACGCCACUUCUGACAUCAGUGCGGGCCGGUAAGGUGACUGUGAACCUAUCGCCAGCAUCGGAGAUAAACGGACCCCUAAGUCACUAUGACCUGAUCGUCGUGCCAACAGACAGCGCCAUGCGUCGCACACAGGAUUUCACACUGAAGGAACUUGAGGACUCUGGAGACAUCUACCCGGCAAGUCAGCCUGGCUCCCGGCCCUACAUCACAGCCCGAUUCAUCCCCCGCAGGCUUCCUGGUCAGUUUGAGCUGGGCACUGGUCAGCAGGAAAUGACCUUUGUCAAUCGACCUCUUGACCCUGACACGCCGUACAAAGUGUUCCUGCGGGCAUACACAGUCAAAAAGAACCUGUUCAAGUCAAGUGAAUACUCGGACACAUUCAGCGUGACAGGAGGAGGUCCCAGUAAUCCCCCUUAUACCAGCGUGGUCUCAACAGGGACAAAUGGUGAUAUAGGCCUUGGGGAACCGGUGACAACUAGCGAGGGCAAGGAAAACUUCAUGAUCAUCAUCAUUGCUGCAGCUGCUGGCAGUGUCGCUAUCAUCAUCAUUGGAUGUUUUGUCUUCUUUGUGUUCAUGAGAAAGAAGAACACACGCAAGCAGAAGGCCCCAGAGCCGACAAGCAAACUGAUAGUUGACAACAUUCCUCCACACCCGAUCGACCCCGUAGAUUUGAGACGCCAGCACUACCAAACCCCCGCCAUGAUCUCCCACCCGCCCAUACCCAUACACAGCCUUGCUGACCACAUAGAGUCACUGAAGGCUGCAGACAACCUCAAGUUCUCGCAGGAGUACGAGUCUAUCGAGCCCGGACAACAGUUCACGUGGGAUCAUUCCAACCUGGAGUAUAACAAGCCCAAGAAUCGCUAUGCCAACGUGAUUGCUUACGAUCAUUCACGGGUCAUCCUGCAGCCCAUGGAUGGAAUUACGGGCUCAGACUACAUCAAUGCAAACUACAUGGAUGGAUAUCGAAAACAAAAUGCGUACAUGGCAACACAGGGUCCACUUCCUGAAACGUUUGGUGAUUUCUGGCGAGCUGUAUGGGAGCAGCGUUGUGCCACUAUUGUAAUGAUGACAAAACUUGAAGAGCGAUCGCGCAUCAAGUGUGACCAAUAUUGGCCGAGUCGAGGCGCGGAGACAUACGGACUGAUGCACGUGUUUCUAGUGGACGUCACAGAGCUGGCUACAUACACAAUCCGUACCUUCCACGUACAGAGGUACGGGGUGCCAGAGAAGCGCGAGGUGCGUCAGUUCCAGUUCACGGCUUGGCCCGAUCACGGUGUGCCCGACCACCCAACCCCCCUCCUGAUGUUCAUGAGGCGUGUCAAGGCCUCCAACCCACCUGACGCGGGUCCCAUUAUCUGUCACUGCAGUGCGGGUGUGGGCCGGACUGGCGCAUUCAUCGUGAUUGACGCCAUGCUGGAGCGCAUCAAGCACGAGAAGACUGUCGAUAUAUAUGGUCAUGUGACCUGCCUGCGUGCGCAGCGCAACUACAUGGUGCAGACUGAAGACCAGUACAUCUUUAUUCAUGACGCUCUGCUGGAGGCGGUUACCUGUGGCAACACUGAGGUUCCCGCCCGCAGCCUCUCCCCGCACAUACAGAAACUCAUGCAGCCUGAGCCUGGGGAGACUGUCACAGGAAUGGAACUCGAGUUUAAGAGAUUAGCCAACAUGAAGGCCAGUCCCAACAGAUUUGUCAGUGCCAAUCUGCCAGUGAACAAGUUCAAGAACCGACUAGUCAACAUCCUGCCCUACGAGUCAACACGAGUGGCUCUUCAGCCUAUCAGAGGUGUGGAUGGGUCAGACUACAUCAAUGCAAGCUUCAUAAAUGGUUACCGUCACCGCAAGGCAUACAUGGCAACACAGGGGCCACUGGCUGACACAACAGAGGACUUCUGGAGAAUGCUAUGGGAACAUAACUCAACCAUCAUCGUCAUGUUGACCAAACUGAGGGAGAUGGGACGGGAGAAAUGUCACCAGUACUGGCCCAGUGAACGGUCGGCCCGCUACCAGUACUUUGUGGUGGACCCCAUGGCGGAGUACAACAUGCCCCAGUACAUUCUUAGAGAGUUCAAGGUCACAGAUGCCAGGGACGGCCAGUCGCGGACCAUCCGUCAGUUCCAGUUCACGGACUGGCCGGAGCAAGGUGUGCCCAAGUCUGGGGAGGGCUUUAUAGACUUCAUAGGCCAGGUGCAUAAGACCAAGGAGCAGUUCGGACAGGAGGGACCCAUCACCGUGCACUGCAGUGCGGGUGUGGGUCGUACGGGCGUGUUCAUCACGCUGAGCAUUGUUCUGGAGAGGAUGCGGUAUGAGGGCGUGGUUGACAUGUUCCAGACAGUGAAGAUGCUCAGAACACAGAGGCCCGCCAUGGUGCAGACAGAGGACCAGUAUCAGUUCUGCUACCGAGCCGCUCUCGAGUACCUGGGCUCAUUUGACCACUACGCCAAUUGACUGGCUGCCCUGCAGGAGCGCCAUGCUGCCAUCCAAUCAGAUAUUGGCGCCAACAGCAACGCCAUGGCAACCACGUCCCUUGUCAGACGGAGCAAAUCUCAGCUGAGAAAGAGCGAGGUUGCUCUAUAGAUGUUGCAAUGCCGUCAGCUUCUGCGUGUACAUAUAGAUGCUAUAAGAGACCCUCUUUGUGGGACAUUACUGCAUAAUUAUUUGUGACUAUAAUCUUACAGAGGCUUAUCUGGACCUUGUAUAUUUACAACAGUGAUGGCAGAUAUUUUGUGUGAGGAUUUAUUAGAAGACAUCAAGGAACGUUUUAUAAUUGUGUGGUUUUUGAAGGCUGUAUACCCUCUGACCAUGGUGGCUCUUGCAAUUUUCAUCUAAUAUUUAUACUGUGUACACUAAUAUACACUUGUGUUAAACACAAACAAAGUUCCAGUGUACGGAAAUGUAUUCAAUGCAUUUGACUAACUUAGUAAGAUAUUCUGUGCUUUAAUAGACUAAGAUGUAUGGAGGAAGCAUGGAAUGAAUGCCAAUCAUUUGUACGUGGCUUAUAUGGCAUAAUAGGCGGUACCUUACGUGGAUUGUGUCGGUAGAGAAUCCAGACGGUGCAAUACUAGAUAACAGUUUCAGCUUGAAACUCAUCGUGAAAUCAUGGAUGCUUGAGAGAAUGUGUAACAGCUGCAUCACACAGACCAUAUACUGUUGUUCUCUCAUCAUAGACCUGGACAUUGUCAUUGUGUAUUACAUGGCUUAACUCCUUCAGUGCUGGAACCGAAUUUUGAAGACCUUUGCAAACAGUUUGGAUCCAGAUGAGACGCCACAGAACAUGGUGUCUCAUCAGAAUCCAAACUGUUUGCUAUUCUGAUAGUAUUCUUUGAAAAAAAAUCGAAGACAAUGCUAAUUUUCGAAAUUCAGCUGACAACAUUUUUGCAGACGACAAAUUUCCCAGCAUGCAAAGGGUUAACAUGAAACAUAGUACAUAACCCAGCCAGCAGUAUCUCCCAAUAGAACAUUGUCUCGCAAUUUGCAAAACAUUUAUGUUAGAAAAUAAAAAUCUAUUGUUUAUGUCUGUUAAAUCAUAAAUAUUUUCGGUUUGGUUAUCAAUGAACAAAACAAAUCUCUAUUCAAGUCUAAUCGCAGUACAAACACUCAUGUGAGAAACGUUUUGAAUUAUUUAAAAGAAUUGAUUAAGUUUAUAAUUUCCAUAGUGUGUCAUGACAGCAGAAGAUGAAACAUUUGACUGUUUUAAGUUAAGUUUAUAAUUUCCAUAGUGUGUCAUGACAGCAGAAGAUGAAACAUUUGACUGUUUUAAGUUAUGGUAGCUGUGUUUCCCAUAUGGUACUGCAGCAUGGGCUUUGGUGUAUAUAGAUCUAUGUUGUAAAUUUAUCAAAUUUCAUCAUAUUUCUCUAGAUAGCACAUCAACUGUCAUUUAUUUAUAUUUAUAAUAUUUGUUGUGGUGUUGUGUUAAUGUUUGUUCUAUAAAAAAUUCUUUUUGACGCUUAAAAUAAAUUAAUAUUUGCCAAUGAUCUGCAUUUUAUAUAUGGAACCCUGCAUUUAAUAUACAGUACAGUGUAUUUUUAACUUAAUUUUAUCUAGAAUUUGAAGAUUUGGACUCAUAUGGUUUAUUUGUUAUAGAAUGUUGUAUUGUGGCCAUAGAAUUGCAAGCGAAAUUCUUAUAAUCUUUUGAACAAGGUAUUGAAUUGUGAACAACUCAGCGUAUAUAAGGGUUCUGUAAUAGUUCAGAUAUAUUAUACUGUAUUUUUGGCCUAAACAAUUAUAACAGGUUGGAAAUUGAUGAGUAAAUAAAAAUUCGAGAAUUUACUUAUUCAGUAAGAAAUAUAGUUGUGAUUAUGAUCUGACAUAUAGCUGAGCUGUGGGAAAACAGGGCUUAAUGCAUGCUCCCAGAGUAUCAUCCCAGAUUACCAUGUGCAGUCUGCGCAGGCUUAUCAUGGAAGACACUUUCAGCCUAGCCCUUUUUAGAAAAUGGUUCCUUUAAACGAAAAAUUCAAUUAAAAGGGUUAGCUGUCCCUGAUAAGUCUUUGCAGACUUCACAGGCUGAGCUGGGACUAUAGUUUACAUGCACAUGCAUUAAGCUGGUCACUCCCAGAGACUGGCUGGUAUGUACUAGUUGGUAUAGUAGAUGUAGUUGUUUCUAUUUAACAUAGUGGUAAAAGAUGAGUCUUUAUGUGAUCAAUCGUCAGAUGUAUUACACAAUUCUAGGCUAUUCUACUAGUAAUAAAAACGUUGUUAAUGUGAAGGUGUUUUUCAACUUGAUAUGAAAGGGAUUCAUAAGGAUGAUGCUAUAAACAGAACAUGAUUUUGUUACAUUUACACAGCGCACUUAACAUAUUCUGCAUUGUAUUCACUAUUUUGUACUAUAGUUCAUUGCUUGAUUUGCCAAAAAAUCAAAUUUUUAUUGCAUCUGGUAUUAAUAAAUAACCAAAAUAAACUAUUUUAAAUUAAAUUUCAUAUAAUCUGUACAGGGUGUUUUGAUUGCUUAAAACCUUUAAAAAAAACUGUUCCUAUUAAAGUAAGAUUCUAAUGGAAAUGCAACUUUAAAUUAUCAACUUUAUCGAAGUUAACUUUUAAUGAAAAAAUUAAGUAAAUAACAGUUUACAAAUGUAUAUGUUUAAAAAAGGUGUAUGAAGAAAUAAGCUCCCUAAUUAAGAUUUAUCAUAUGUUAAUUUUUAGCAACAGUUGUUUCUCUAUGUUCAAUUUUUUUCAUAUGGUUACCUGUGGAUUAUGUAGAUAAAAACUGCGGUUGAUACUGCAAUGUUGUGCACUAUUGGAUGUUGUUUUACCCUUUAUGCACUCUUCAAAAAUUGUUGACGUGAAUUACUCAAUAUCAGCCAUUCCAGGGAGUGGACACAAGAUUUAAUCUCCUCACGAAAAAUGGAUAGUAUGGUCGGUCCAAUACUUUUUGCACCAUAUAAUGUAUUGAUAUAAUAUAUACAUACUGUUCUACUUUUGGUAAUUGUCACUAUAAUAACUUUAUAUGUAAUAAGACAAAUAGUAUUGCCAUGUUGAAAUGUAUACACUACAAAUUUGAAUUAUUUAUACACAUUUAUAGACAAUAUGAAUCAAUAUUUUAUAAUAAUUUGUUUCAAGAAUUCAACUUUUCAACUACAUGAGUACUUUUAUGAGUACCUUGUCAGGAUCCAGCUAUAACACAAAAUAUUGGGUAAAGUUAUCCCUGGAAGAUUUUGAAUGCUUUCACUACAGGAAGAAUCGUCCUCUUUCAUUUACAUGCAUCAAAGUUGGUUUGAGUAUAACAUUGUGAACAUAUGAUUUGGAACAAUAUUUAUAACAGCAUUAAGUAACAGAGUUGUCUCCCUAUGUCGUAACCAAUGCUGUAGCAUUUAUUCAAAGCAAAUCAUUGUUAUAUUGUAUUGUUGUUGUUGUUAUUGUUGUGGAAGCUCGUAUAAAGAUUGUCAUCAUGUAAUGUGCAUUUCUCUAUGUCCACUUUUGUUGAGGUAUAAUGUUUGUGGAAAACAUAGGCCGAAUGUAAAGACUGAGUGUCAUCAUUUGAUUUACAUUUUUCUAUGAUCAAAUAUUAGUGAGCCAUUUUGAAUGAUGUGUAUAUGACUGUGAUUCUACAACUGUGGGAAACGUCUUUUAAAUUCCUUUUUCAAUAAUCCAAUAUUUAAUAUUUACCAGAGACGUAGAUAACAUGUUAUCUACGUCUCUGUAUUUACGGAAGAUUAACUUUUUAAGAAAAUGAAUGUUUUACUAACGCACAAAAUAAAACAAUAAAAUUUUGAUUUUAGUACAAUGUUUUAAACCUGAGAUCAUAAUGAAAAUGUGUUUAUCUAUGUAUUAUGUCAGUAUGUCUGGUUGCUUAAGCUUCAGUAAAGUUUAUAAUAGGUUACAUUACUAGUUUAUGUUCAAAAACGCUUUUCCUGGCGUGUUUUCUGUACGGUACCUGUAGUAUUAUUGGCAGAUAGCUCUCUCGACAGGUGUGUUUGUGAGUGUACGGGAGGCUGGACUACUUUACUAUGUUAAUUAUACGAUGUACAACCUAGUCAUCUUGGAUGAAUAAAACAAAUCUUGUAUGACUAA